AUGUCCCGAGAAUACGAGCGUCAAGAAUCCCUCCGAAUGGCUGGUGACUCAGCCAGCCCCGCCUCCUCUUUCGGCAGACACGAACCCUAUAUCAAUGAGAUCGUACCCGUGAGGAAUUCAGUGAGAAGUCGCAGGGCACCACCCCCACCACAAUCGUCAUCACAGAUGAUGGAUUAUGAACCGAGACGCAGUCGAUGA